GCAGCCUCGCCCGCUUGGGGCGCUCCAGGCAGCCCCCGCCGCGCGCCGACCGACGGGCCGACGGACGGAGGGGGGCUUGGCCGGCCGGCGCUUCGUGGGAGGGGGGACCCUGCAGCCCUCCCCCCCCGCGGAGUCUCCGGGACGCUCCCGCUUGGCGGCGCCACAGAAUGGCCGAAGAAGGGCUGCCCGUGCAGUCGGAGGCGAAGACGCUGGGGGAUGGGGAGCCCGAUGCCCCCCUGGACUUUGCAUCUGCCCAAGUAGAGGCCACCUGCGACCAGGAGGAGGAGGAGGCGGAGGAGGAAGCAGCAGCCCCUGGGAGUGACCUGGAGGAAGACGUGUACAUCUGGGAACCGGCUGGGGGGAGAGCGGCGGCCGUCUCGGGGCUGGCCGCGCAGGGCAAGGAUGCCGUCAUCAGCGACUCCCAGGGCUGCGCAGGCGCUGACCGGAGGGCCGCUCCUCCGCAGGGCCCUGGGGAGCCCCCGGCAGCCGGGCAGGGCCUCUGCAGCUGGCUGUGCUGGCGCCGGCGGGUCUUGGAGCAUCUGGAGCAGGAGGGGGCGGAGAGCGGCUCCCAACGGGCCACGCAGGUGACCUUUGAGGAUGUGGCCGUCUAUUUUUCACCCGAGGAGUGGGCCGAGCUGACGGCCUGGCAGAAGGCCUUGUACUGGGAGGUGAUGAAGGAGAACCACGGCCUGGUGGCCUCGCUAGGAUCUGUGCACAGACACCAGUCGGACGUGCUGCGCAGGCUAGAACGAGGAGAGCCUCCUCCCUCCCAGGUGCCCCCCGAGGCAAAGCGGGAGGAACCUCACCGAGCCCCCCAACCGCCAGGUGGUGCUGAUGCCCCUCCCCUUCUUUCUGGGCCAGUUUCUGAGGCGGGCUUGCGGCUGGAACUUUUGGGAGAAGCAGCAGCAGCCGAGAAGACACAGCCAGAGGGCCGCAGGGGAGAAGCUCUGGGCCCCGCCAGCCCUGAUGCCAAGCCCCCCAUCAAGCAAGAGGAGAAGGCAGGGGCAGCCCAGGGGGAUCCGAGAGGGGCCCCCGAGCACGACUGCAAGGACUGUGGCCAGAGCUUCCCCGAGCGGGAGGCCCUGAUCUCCCACGUGCUGCGCGUCCACUUCAGCGAGCGGGCCCUGCCCUGCCCCCAGUGUGGGAAGUUCUUCGGCAGCCCCAGCAGCCUGGCAGUCCACCGGCAGAGCGUCCACCGGCAGGAGCGGGUCUUCACGUGCCUCGACUGCCAGAGCCACUUUGUCUACGAGGAGCAGGAGGCCAGCCGCAUCCACGCCCAGCUGGCCCGGGGCAAGCUCUUCAAGUGCUUCCACUGCAGCUGCAGCAGCCUGGCCGUGGACCAGAAGCCGGACGUGCUGCACGGCCCCCCUGCCUUCGGGCAGCCGGAGAGCGGGUACUACAGCCGCCAGAGAGCCAUGGAGCAGGUCCGCCAGCGGGCGGCUCACUGGACGACCUCGGAGACCAAAGCUUUUGUGGAGCUCUGGGGGGACGACCGCGUCCAGACGGCCCUGUACGACAACUACCGGAACGAGGUGCAGUACAAGCGCCUGUCGGACAAGAUGCGCAAGAUGGGCUUCCAGCGCAACCUGGAGCAGUGCCGGCAGCGGGCCAAGGACCUGCGGCGGGGCUUCAAGGAGAUCAAGGACGGCAACCUGCACUCCAACCGGGCCCGCCAGACCCUGCCCUUCUUCUCCCUGCUGGACCGCUUCCUGCUGAUGAGCCGGGGGCUGGUCAUCCCCAAGGUGUGUGUCAACCGCGCCAAGCAGAAGGGCCGGAAGAGCCGGGGCCGGCGGGAGGAGCCCCCCGCGGGCCAGCAGCCCUUCCUGCUGGUGCUGCCCGCCGAGGGCCCCGACUCGCCCCAGCUGCACCUCCCUGACCAGGACCCCUACAUCCAGGUGCUGGGCCUCUCGGACUUCCCGCUGCAGCUGCCUGAGCAAGAGCCCGCUGCCCACGCGGCGGGGGCUGCCGGCUCCCAGCUGCGGGACGGAAACCCAGCCUGCCACGUGGCGGCACUGCCGGACUUCUCGCUGCGGCUGCCCGACCCCGAGGUCUCCAUGGUCAUGGAAGCCUGCCAGGUGGCCGGUCGUGGCCAGCGCCAGGACGUGGUGCGGCGGGCCCCCAUCAACGGGCUCUCGGCUGCCAGCAGCCUCUGGCCAGAGCUCUCUCCCGCGGCCCCUGCCGAAAGCCCCUCCGGCACCACAGCCCAGGGAAACGCACAGACAUGGCAUCCAGGAAAGGCCCCCAGUUCGUCUGCCAAACGGAUGCGCGACCUCCGCUUACGCCGCAGACGGCAGCGCGCUGCCAUGGCCCGCGUGUUGCUGGGGGCCAAUUACCGCCCCAACGACCGGACCGUGUGGAGCAAGACGCAGAAGACGGAUUGGUGGGACAACCUGGUUGCCGGCCAGCUGGAUGACGGGGAGUGGAUCCGCUACUUCCGCAUGUCCCGGGACGCCGUGCUGGAGCUGGUGGAGCAGCUGCGCCCGGUGCUGCAGCGGGAGGACACCAACAUGCGGGCCGCCAUCCCUGUGGACAAGCGGGUGGCGCUCACGCUCUGGAAGCUGGCCACCUCCGACAGCUACAGGUCUGUGGCCAACCAGUUUGGGGUGGGCGUGUCGACGGCAUCGGUCAUCGUCAUGGAGGUGUGUGAAGCCAUCCAUGACGUGCUGCUGAAGCACGUCGUCCAGCUGGGAGACGCGCAGGCCGUCAUGGAGGGCUUUGAGCGGGUGGGCUUCCCCAACUGCAUCGGGGUGGUGGACGAAACCCACAUCCCCAUCCUCUGCUCGCCCCACGGUGCCUCCGCCUACAUCAGCGGGAAAGGGCUGGUCUCCAUGGUGCUGCAGGCCCUGGUGGACAGCACGGGCCGCUUCAUGGACGUCUACGCCGGGUGGUCUGGGGGGAUGCAGGACUCUGGGCUGCCGUGGGGGUCCCCUCUCUUCGAGCGGAUGGAGAAGGGCACCUUCGGGCCGCAGACCACCACGGAGAUUGAAGGGGUCGCCAUGGGCCCUGUCCUGUUGGGGGGCCCUGCUUGUCCCCUGCGGCCCUGGCUGAUGAAGCCCUACCUGGACCCCUCCAGCGGGCCCCGGGAACACUUCAACGCCCUCUUGAGCAAGUGCCGCAUGGCCGUCACGUACGCCUUUGAGAGGCUGAAAGGACGCUGGCGCUGCCUCCUCAAGCGCCUGGACGUGGCGGAGAAGAACGUGCCCCUGGUCAUCAUUGCCUGCUGCAUACUGCACAACAUCUGCGAGAGCAGAAACGAGGCCAUGCAGGAGGGCUGGGAGGAGGGCAUGGACUACGCCGACCUGCCCUCCUCGGCAGUGGCCGCCUCCUCCUCCGAGGGUCACACGGAGGGCCUCUGCGAGGAGAUGGAAGAGGGGGGCGAGGCGUCCAGCAUCCGGGAGGCCUACUGCGCUUUCUUUGAGAAGAGGCAGCAGGAGGAAGAGCUGUGAGAGGCAGGGA